AUAGAUGCAUUCUCCCCAAAUUGAGAUAAUUUGCCAAAUAAGGAAAUGAGGAGUUCAUUUUGGGUCAUCCAAAUAAGGAAAGUGAGAACUUAUUUCCGGGACGGAGGGAGUGAUUAAAGUAGAAGCAAAAGUCAAGCAAUACAUUGAUCCACUUCUAUGAGUGUAGGGAUUCCUGCCAAAGACUCCGACACCGGACCGGUAAGAUUAUUAUCACGGACGAUGAAUUCCGUCAUUGACUUGAGGCUGGACACCUCGGGUAUUUCCCUGGAAAAUUUGUUCCGGUGGAGGUAGAGUUGUGUAAUGUGGCUCAAGUUCUGUAUACCGGAGAUGCUGCCGGACAAACCUGAGCCGGCGGUCCCGGUUUGGUUACUCAGCCACAAAGUCUCCAAACGUUGGGGCAGGCCAGAAAACGGCCGGGAACGUGAGACUACGAUUCAACUCCAUCAAGGUCGGUCUGAUCCAGACCCUCCGUCCUAACUGUUGACAUGAAGAAAUAAAUAGCAGCAAGUGUAAGGAGUGUGAGGUGAAACAAUAUGAGGAAGUGGAAGCAAGUAGAUCCAGAUUAAGCAAGGAAGAGCUGUUUACUACUUGCCUAAGACAAUGUUACCGUUUGGGAACUUGUUCACAUGUGGAGACAGAGCUGCAAGUGGUGUGGACCAUUGGGACAUGUCCUUCUCUCUCUGAUCCAAGACAGCUGGGACAGUUUGGACUCUAUUGCAUUUGUUUAAUCAUAUUCUGGGUUCUUUACUUGUUUAAUAUUUCCCUAGGGUAUUUGUUUAGUCUAUUUAUGUAUUGGUUCAGCAUGAUGAAAUUCUAAGGGGAUUGAGUUCCUCAUUUCUACUCUCUCUCUCUCUCUCUCCCAUUCUCCAUGUUUCUCACUUAAUCUCUCUUUUGUUCACACAAAAUUUCAUGGUAUCAGAGCAAAAAAUUGCUCAUGAAACCUAAUUCUCUAACCUUUUUUUUCUUACAUUCUCUCUAAAAUUCCGCAAGCUACUCUGAUUUACUUUUUCAAAAUUUCUUUCUCACACUGUUUUUAAGCUGUUCUUGAUGGAUCUGGCAGGAAACUCAAAAAUGGUAGUGAUUCCAACUACUCUUAAGGGAGCUAACUAUCUACUGUGGGCAAGGCUUGCUAAAACAGCUCUUGAAGGCAGAGGACUCUGGGAAAUUGUUGAAGAAGGAAGGAACCCAACAAAGAAGACCUUCCAAGGAGAGGAUGACAAAGAAAUGGUGGUAGCUAAUGGUGGUGAUAAGAAGAAAGGACAGGAGGACCUCAUGGUGUUGACCAUUCUCCAGCACAGUCUUGAAGCCUCUAUCCAGGAAGCUUACUCCUACUGUGAAACUUCCAAGGAGCUGUGGGAUACACUUCAUAAAGUGUAUGGAAACAAGUCUAACAUCAGUAGAGUGUUUGAAGUCAAGAAAACUAUCAACACUCUUAGUCAAGAGGACACAGAUUUUGAUAGACACUUUGGGAAGUUCAGAUCUGUAACACCCCGGCCCCGAGGUAGUUACUCCGGACCAAUAGUACUGUCCUCACAAACCACCACGAGCCUUUACCGCGCACUUUGUCCUCACUCAUGCGCGCCCUGAGAAACUUCCCAGGGGGUCACCCAUCCCAAGACUACUCCCGAGCAAGCACGCUUAACUUUGGAGUUCUUAGGUAAUGAGCUUCCUUAAAAGGAGAUGCACCUCUGUUGGUAUGAGUAGUAUUAUUAAUCCGUUUAUAUUAAAUCUCAAGUGUUACAAUCACCCCCACUUAGGAACGCAACGUCCUCGUUGCGCCCAUAAACCAAUCUCAAAUCUCAAUCAAAUCCCAGAAUCUUCCCCCACUAAGUGCCCGCCCGAUAUCCAACGGGUCAACACACUGUCGCAGGGUUGCUCUGAUACCACCUGUAACACCCCGGCCCCGUAGGCCCCGAGGUAGUUACUCCGGACCAAUAGUACUGUCCUCACAAACCACCACGAGCCUUUACCGCGCACUUUGUCCUCACUCAUGCGCGCCCUGAGAAACUUCCCAGGGGGUCACCCAUCCCAAGACUACUCCCGAGCAAGCACGCUUAACUUUGGAGUUCUUAGGUAAUGAGCUUCCUUAAAAGGAGAUGCACCUCUGUUGGUAUGAGUAGUAUUAUUAAUCCGUUUAUAUUAAAUCUCAAGUGUUA